UUUUCGCGACUGCCGAACCGAAGACGUCUCUUACAAGUGCACCCUUUCUUCCUCGUUUGACAACUUGUGUGUGUUCCCUUUCCUCUGCCAUCUGCAGCAGAGGCUCUCCAUGGCCCGGUCUUCUCCUUGGUCUCUGCUCGCCCCUCUCCUCGUCUCCUUCUCCUUAAUCGGCCCCGCGAGCCCGACCGACCUCCUCACCAGCUCAACCGAUCGCCCUCGCCCGCUGAUUCUGCCUCUUUCCCUCACUCCCCGCCACUCGUCCCCCUCCGACAGGGACCACCACAGGCGGCGCCUCCUCCACGGCUCCGAGCCCCGCGGCAAGCCGAACGCUCGCAUGCGCCUCUACGACGACCUCCUCUCUAAUGGUUACUACACAACAAGGCUGUAUAUCGGAACGCCGCCUCAGGAGUUUGCCCUGAUCGUCGACACGGGAAGUACGGUCAUGUAUGUGCCUUGCUCCAAUUGCAAGCAGUGCGGGGAGCAUCAGGACCCGAGAUUUCAACCCGAGUUGUCCAGCACCUAUCAACCUGUCAAGUGCAAUUCCCAGUGCUAUUGUGACAGUGAAGGAAAGCAAUGCACUUAUGAAAGACGGUAUGCUGAGAUGAGCUCCAGCAGCGGCGUACUGAGCAAUGAUAUUAUUUCCUUUGGUAAUGAGAGUGCGCUCUUGCCUCAGCGUGCUCUUUUUGGAUGCGAAAACAUGGAAACUGGUGAUCUCUAUAAACAGCGGGCUGAUGGCAUAAUGGGCCUGGGACGAGGCUCCCUCAGCAUUGUCAAUCAGCUCGUUCAGAAAGGUGUGAUCAGUGACUCUUUCUCUCUGUGCUAUGGUGGAAUGGGUGUGGGUGGUGGGGCAAUGAUUCUCGGAGCAAUUCCACCUCCCGCUGAUAUGGUAUUCUCACAUUCAGAUCCUCACCGGAGUCCUUAUUACAACCUCGAGAUGAAGGAGAUUCAUGUUGCUGGGAAGCCGUUGAAAUUGAAAUCAAGUACCUUUAAUGGAAGGCAUGGAACAGUCUUGGACAGUGGAACUACAUAUGCUUACUUACCAGCUACAGCAUUUGUUGCAUUCAAGGAUGCGAUUAUAAAGAACGUCCUUUCACUAAAACAGAUUCCAGGGCCUGACCCUCAUUAUCAUGAUAUAUGUUUUGCUGGGGCUGGAUGGAAGGCCUCUCAUCUAUCGCAAGCAUUUCCAGAGGUUGACAUGGUUUUCAAAAAUGGUAGAAAAUUGUCAUUGUCUCCUGAGAACUACUUAUUCAGGCAUACUAAGGUUCCUGGUGCGUAUUGCCUAGGAAUAUUUAAGAACGAGAAUGAUGAAACUACUCUGCUUGGAGGUAUCAUUGUUCGUAAUACCCUUGUUACUUAUGAUCGAGAAAAUAAAAAGAUUGGCUUUUGGAAAACAAAUUGUUCUGAAUUGUGGAAGAAAAAGCAAGAAGCCGAUGGUCCUGCUCCUUCAGACUCAAUUCCUCAGAGUCAUAAUACUAGCUUAGUUCUGCCUCCUAGCGAGGCUCCCAGCGGAUUACCUUCAAGUGAUUUUGCAGGCCAAUUACACGUGGGGCUAAUAACAUUUGACAUGUCCUUUAGCGGGAAUGAUUCUAAUGAAAACCCUAACUUCACUGAACUUGCCGAGCUAAUCGCCCGUGAGUUGGAAAUUGAUGCUUCACAGGUUCAAUUAUUGAACUUCACCCACAAAGGGAACAAAUCCGUCAUCAAAUGGGCCAUUUUUCCUACCAAAUCCGCGAAGUACAUUUCAAAGAGCACGGCCUUGAGUAUGAUUAUGCGAUUGAGGGACCAUCAUGUGCAGCUUCCUGAGAGGUUCGGAAAUUAUGAGCUGGUUCAGUGGAGUAUUGAACCUCAAAAGAAGCAGACAUGGUGGCAUCAACAUGUUUGGGUGGUGGCUGCUUCAGCAACUGCAGCCGUGUUGCUAAACCUAUCGAUAUUCGGGAUUUGGUUCGUCUGGAGGAACAAACAGCAGUCAGUUGUUGCAUACAAGCCUGUGGGCUCUGUCGUUCCCGAGCAAGAGCUACAGCCCCUAUAGGACUUUGAUGAAUUCACCUUCUCCGAGCUAUCUCGCUGUACAGAUUUUUCACAAAGUGCUGAUUUGAGGAAAGGUAUACAGGAUCAAUCACGACCAUCAAUCGCUACGUCGCCCAUGCAAUGUUCUUCAUGGGAUUACAGCAAAGACAGUUUUGUGAUUCAGUCAGGAUGUUAGAUUUUUCCUUCUAUUAACCCUGAGAGCUUUCAAGAGAGAAGAUGGUGUAUGUAUGCAGCAUGUAAAGGUCUGUUGUUGUACCAUGAAUAAGGUCCAGAAGCAUAGGCUAUGUGCGGGAGGCAUGAGACAACUUGCGGAUUAUGGACCAGGGAAGAAAUGGCAUGGUGUAUGAUUGUCCGAAAAUAUCGUACCAACUCUUACUCUUGAAGUUGGCAUGGAUGGUAAUUUUGUCACGGGAUUAUGAUUGAAGUACGGAAAAUACUCAAAAGUUUAUAGGAUAACUCGAGAGAAUGCAGGAUACAGCACUAACGUGUCAUUGCCCCUGAAGUUGCGUUCCGUAAUCAAGUCUUUGGUAGAGCUUGAGAGAUUAAAGUUAUUGAAUGGACGCAA